AUGAUAAGAGUUCCUCGCAGCAAUUUUUGUUGUACUCAGUGUACAUCAUGUCUUCGAGCACAGCGACGUCUUCCGUCUAUCACUAAGCACCGCAGAACCUUAUCGGCAUCAUCGUCGCGAAAGGAUGAGAAACCAAGCAAUGGCUCUGAACCAUCUGAGAGCAAACAGGAAGGCGCUCUAUCUCGCAGACUAGCGGAGAUGACGGAGGAGUCACUUCUUGAAGGUGGUCGAUCGGCACAUAAAAACCUACAAGAAGCGGGCUUCUCAGAUGAUCUAAAACGAGCUCUAGAAGAGAAAAUCAAAGCCGCUUCAUUCAAAAGUGAAAAUGCGCAGGCUUUUUCUGUUUUGAACACGCCGACAAGCGCAGGAAAGGGUACUCGCGAUCAUGCCAUGGCAGCACCCUGGCGCGGAACAGAAAAUGUUCAAGAUACGGCACUUCGAAUGCUUGACGACGCUAAAAAGCCGAUACGUGUUCCAUUUAAGAUUCCAAAUCCUGCGAUACCCGUCAACGUGAAUCUAAAGCCGGGGGCGAAGGUUCGCCACUCGACCGGUAGUCGUCUUGCAAGUGCUCGGGACAAGACACAAACGUAUGCUCUGAGCCAGAGCUCAGGCUUGUCAGAUAAGGAGAGAGAAGAGAUAAGGAGCCAGCUUACUGCGCGAUUUGAGGCUGGUGCGCGAUCACUACCGAUGACAUUAUCAGGGCUAUCGUCGUUGGCAAAUGAGCGUAUCGAAGAUGCCAUUGCGCGUGGCCAGUUCAAGAACCUGCCGAGAGGAAAGGGCAAACAUACAACGACGGAUCAUAAUGCGAACAGCGCUUUCAUCGAUACAACUGAGUAUUUCAUGAACAAAAUCAUCCAGAAGCAAGAAAUUGUGCCACCAUGGAUAGAAAAGCAGCAGGAUCUUUCUCGAGAGAUAGACCGUUUUAGACAGAGACUACGGACCGAAUGGCGGAGACAUGCAGCCAGGAUUAUUUCAAGCCAAGGGGGCUCUUUGGAGGAACAACGGAGACGCGCAAGAGGUUAUGCGGCGGCAGAGGCUCGACUACUAGCCAAGAAGAAAACCGAGGCGUCGCUUACAUCUUCAGGUGUGGAUGAUGCUGUUGUUUUACCUAGCUACUCGCAGAUCAGCCAUGAUGGCCGACUAGCUGGAGGACCACCUCGAGCUGUACCCGUGCCGAGUACGGAGUCAGCGCAAACCGAAACGGAUGCGGUUGUAGUUUUAGAGGACACCGCAUCAUCGGAGGACGAUUCUCUGCCCCAUUUACCUCCACUGAGAGAUCCAGAAUACAUGUCUAUUGAGCGAGGCUGGCACGAAUUACAGAUCAAAAGCAUCAACGAUUUGACACGGUCAUACAACCUCCAAGCCCCACGACUCGCACAGAAACCGUAUUUGAAUCUAGAGCGGGAGUUGAACUCGUGCUAUGCAGAUGUAGCUCCCUCGCUGGCCGAUGAGCUUACUUUGCGAGCUACUACACCUCGAAAAGCGCCGAAUACUGUCCAGAAACCGUCAGGGGGUCUGCUGGAAGAUAUAAUACAGUCGAAUCAGAAAGUACGCGUGUACGAUGAGGACCGAUCCAAGGGAUAUGGAUUGAAAGAGUUCUGGCGAGACCUCUGGAGAAGAGAGAAGGCGACUUGA